AUGGCUUAUCAAUCCCAAGACUUCUCGCUACUGGACGCCAGUAUCUCCGAGCUCCAAUCCGCACUUUCUUCGGGAUUGCUCUCUAGUGUGGACUUAGUGUCACGAUACCUACGACGAAUCAGCGUCUACGACGCAAGCAAUCUAAAGCUUGCUGCCAUCCCAAUCCUAAACCCAUCCGCCCUCGACGAAGCAGCCGCUUCCGAUGCCCGAUGCGCAGCAGGUCUGCCACCGCGUCCAUUGGAGGGUAUCCCCUACCUCGCAAAAGACAGUAUCAAAGUUAAGGGCAUGACUGUUGCCAGCGGAUCGCCUGCAUUUGAAACCCUCAUUGCUAACGAGGAUGCUGCCUGUAUUCAACUUCUCCGCGAGGCCGGCGCCGUGCUUCUCGGCCGGACGAACAUGCCCGCCAUGGCAUACGGCGGUAUGCAACGUGGGUGUUAUGGGCGUGCUGAAAGUCCCUAUAAUACUGCGUAUCUGGCUGCAGCGUAUGCUUCCGGUUCAUCGAAUGGAUCGGCUGUCGCAACGGCGGCCAACUUCUGCGCUUUUUCUCUAGGCAGCGAGACUGUUUCUUCGGGUCGCUCGCCGGCAUCAAAUAAUGCCGUUGUUGCAUACACACCCUCGAAAGGCCUUCUUCCUCUCCGUGGUGUCUGGCCACUCUACUUGACCUGUGAUGUCCUAGUGCCUCACACCAGGACUAUGGCAGAUAUGUUCCAUGUCCUAGAUGUUCUGGCUGUGUCCGAUGAAGCCCCGUUAGGAGAUUUCUACCAGGAACAGAAAUUCAUCACCCUCCCUUCAAUCAAUACACUCCGACCGCAGUCCUUUUCAGAAUUACAAGAUGGCACAUCCUUGCGCGGGAAGCGCGUUGGUGUACCGUCAAUGUACAUCGGAGGCGAUGACUCUUCUCUAUCCCCAGUUAGCAAAGUCAAUACCCGACCCUCCAUAAUCAGGCUAUGGCAAAACGCCAGAAAAGUCCUCGAGUCCUGCGGUGCGGAGGUAAUCGAAACAGACUUCCCACUCGUGACAACCUACGAAUCAAACGCAGACAAGGGCCAGCUCGUCACCGUCGCAGGACUACCAGAAGGCUGGUCUGCAUUAGAGCGGAGCGAUCUCGUCGCGCAUAUAUGGGAUGACUUCCUGAUUAACAACGGCCAAAAGGGUCUUGACACUCUUGCUCAAGUCGAUCCGACGACUAUCUUCCCACUUGCGCCGGGGUCUCUGAAGGGUGCACCUGAUGCGGCUAAUGCGCUGCGGUGGCAUGAGAUGGUUGAAUACCCGCACCGGAGGCCGGCGUCUAUUUUCGACGUCCCUGGUAUUCAGCAGGGAAUCCAGGCUCUCGAGAAUGCGCGCAAGGAGACUUUUGAGGGCUGGAUGGAUGGGCUUGGGCUUGAUGCUGUGGUUUUCCCGGCUAAUGGCGACAUCGGGGCUGCUAAUGCGGACUGCGAUGAGACGGCUUCGCUGUUUGCGUGGAGUAAUGGCGUCAAAUACUCCAAUGGGAAUAGACCUAUACGCCAUCUUGGUGUGCCUACUAUCUCUGUUCCUAUGGGUAUCAUGGAUGAUACGGGCAUGCCGGUCAAUCUUACCUUCGCUGGGAAGGCAUAUGAUGAUAACAAUCUGCUCAAGUAUGGCUUUGCUUUUGAGAUGGCGAUGAAGGGCCGUGUUCAGCCACCGCUCGUGCCUGCUCUUGACUCUGAUUUCAUCAAGGGUGGUCAAGACCUUGUGCCGUGGGCUUCUCGAUCGAUCUUUGAGUUAGUGGUAGAGACUCAAGUGAAGGAGAUUCACGACUGCACGGUUGUGGUCCGGGUCCAGGGAUCGGUGGUACCCAAGAACUCCCAGCUGGAGACUAUGGAAUGCCAUAUCAACGGUCAAGUGGUCAAGCCGGCCAUAGAUGGAGAUAGCUGGUUUGUGACAACUUCCUAUCCCGCAUCGGACCGUGAUCAAUCCUGGAAGAGGUGGUCGAGUCCCGCUUUAACUCAGACUAUCGUGGUUAUCACAGCUCGUACUAAGGAUGGCUCGUCAACGGGCAAGUUGAUCUUAUUAUGA